AUCAAAACUAGUGGGCGUCCCGAUCCUUUUCUGUAACCUUCAAAAUUUUCCCUCACUUUCCAUUUCCAAGAUCAAAAUCUCUAUGUUUAUUUUCAAAUAUUUACGCUUUUCUUUUUUGGCUUUUAUGGGUAUUUUUGUGCUGGCACUUGGGGGUGAAAUUUUGGGUCUGUAAGUGCAAGUUUUCACUGACCUAGGAAUUUUCAAUCAAGAAAAUGACCUUAUCUAUACAAGAUUCAAGACUCAGCAGCUGCGUUUUCUUUCUACCAUUGGUAAUGGAAGCUCAGAGUCAAAUUGAGGUUACAAAGCAGAACAGGAUGCUUCCUCCACAACCGGGUACGUUUGAAGAUCGUGAAGACCUCAUCAAAUAUGUUCGUGAUUUUGGUGCUAGUCAAGGAUAUGUGGUGACCAUCAAGAAGUCGAGGAAAGACAGAAGAGUCAUACUUGGUUGUGAUAGAGGAGGUGUUUAUCGCAAUAGGCGUAAAAUUGAUGAGAGCAAGCGCAAAAGGAAAGCAAGUUCACGCCUUAUAAAUUGUCCUUUUGAAGCCAUUGGGAAAAAGGAAGAUGAUUUAUGGGUACUUACAAUAAAAAAUGGGGAUCACAACCAUGAUGCGUUAAAGGACAUGUCAGAGCAUCCAUAUAGUCGUCGUUUCACUGAGGAAGAGGUCAGACAAAUCAAGCAAAUGACUGAAGCUGGUGUGAAACCACGUCAAGUUCUUAAGACUCUCAAGCAAAUCAAUCCUGAACUGCAGUCAACACCAAGGCAUUUGUAUAACCUCAAAGCCAAGAUCCGUCAAGGAAAUCUAUCAGAAAAAAGUUUCAAGUCAUGGAGACCUGACAGAUCUGCUCUGGUGAGUACAAGUGCUACUACCAGUGGGGGUUCAUCAGAACAAAACAACCAACCGCUGAAGGUUCCUAAUUUUAUUGGAGGGAAAUUUGUUGAUUCUCAAGGGUGUUCAAUGAUUGAUGUAGUAAAUCCUGCGACACAAGAGGUUGUUUCUCAUGUUCCUUUAACUACCUAUGAAGAGUUCAAAGCUGCAGUUAGUUCAGCCAAGCAGGCUUUUCCGUCAUGGAAAAACACUCCUAUUACCACUCGUCAACGUAUCAUGUUUAAGCUCCAGGAGCUCAUUCGGAGAGAUAUCGGCAAGCUUGCCAUGAAUAUCACCAUAGAACAGGGUAAGACAUUGAAGGGUGCCGAGAGUGAUGUGCUCCGUGGCUUAGAGGUGGUUGAACAUGCUUGUGGGAUGGCAACUCUACAAAUGGGGGAGUUUGUUCCUAAUGCAUCUAAUGGUAUUGAUACAUACUGCAUUAGGGAACCACUAGGUGUUUGUGCCGGGAUAUGUCCUUUCAACUUUCCAGCAAUGAUUCCCUUGUGGAUGUUCCCAAUUGCAGUUACAUGUGGCAAUACAUUUGUUCUUAAGCCAUGUGAAAAUAAUCCAGGGGCUUCAAUGAUACUUGCAGCACUUGCAAAGGAGGCUGGUUUACCCGAUGGUGUCUUAAAUAUUGUUCAUGGCACCCAUGACAUUAUUAAUUAUGUCUGUGAUGAUGAUGACAUAAAAGCUGUAUCACUUGUUGGCUCAAAUACGGCUUGGAUGCACAUAUAUGCGAGGGCAGUUGCUAGGGGAAAACGUGUUCAGUCUAAUAUAGGAGGAAAAAAUCAUGCAAUCAUCAUGCCUGAUGCUAGCAUGGAUGCUACCUUGAAUGCUCUGGUUACUGCUGGCUUUGGUGCUGCAGGACAAAGGUGUAUGACUCUCAAUACAGCUGUUUUUGUUGGAGGUUCAAGGCCAUGGGAAAGCGAAAUUUUGGAGCAUGUCAAAGCCCUUAAAGUGAAUGUAGGAACAGAUCCCAGUGCAGACCUUGGCCCAGUUAUUACAAAAGAGGUGAAGGAUCGCAUUUGCAGAUUAGUUCAGAGCAGUGUUGAAAGUGGUGCUAGACUUCUGCUUGAUGGGAGAAAUGUUAGGGUUCCAGGAUAUGAGAAUGGAAAUUUUAUAGGUCCUACAAUCUUAUGUGAUGUUACAACCAACAUGGAUUGCUUUAAGUGGAAGAAGAGUUGAAACCAAAGACAUUGGCAUAUUCUUGACAGCAUUAUAUCUUGUGUUGGGCAGGAAGAAAUUUUUGGACCAGUUCUUCUUUGCA